CACUUCCUCCUCCUGGUUGCAAAAGCAGCUUCGCCCGCCCCGAGCGCUCGGCUGGGGCUUUUCGUCCGCACCGCCCGCCCUUGCUCGCUCUCUCUCUCUCUCUCUCCGGGAAGCGCCCGUGCCACGGGCCGCGGAGACCCACGCUCAGCCAGCUCGCCAGCCGCCUGGGCGCUCGCUUUGGACCAGCAGGGCUUCCUAUCCCGCUCGUGCAGCGAUGUCCAAGCCGCCCCCGAAACCGGCCAAGCCAGGACAAGUCAAAGUUUUUAGAGCCUUGUAUACGUUUGAACCCAGAACUCCAGAUGAACUGUAUUUUGAAGAAGGAGAUAUUAUCUACAUUUCGGAUAUGAGUGACACAAAUUGGUGGAAGGGAACCUGUAAAGGAAGAACUGGACUAAUCCCCAGCAACUAUGUGGCUGAACAAGCAGAAUCCAUUGACAACCCACUACAUGAAGCUGCAAAGAGAGGGAACCUGAGCUGGCUGAGGGAGUGUUUGGAUAACAGAGUUGGUGUCAAUGGCUUAGACAAAGCUGGGAGCACAGCCUUGUACUGGGCAUGCCAUGGUGGACACAAAGAUAUAGUGGAAGUAUUAUUGACGCAGCCAAAUGUAGAACUAAACCAACAGAAUAAACUGGGGGACACAGCUUUGCAUGCUGCUGCAUGGAAGGGUUAUGCAGAUAUCGUAGAAACACUGCUGGCAAAAGGUGCUAGAACAGAUUUAAGAAACAAUGAGAAGAAAUUGGCUUUUGACAUGGCUACUAAUGCAGCAUGUGCUUCUCUGCUUAAAAAGAAACAAGGACAAGACAUAAUGCGAACCUUAAGCAAUGCAGAGGAAUACCUUGAUGAUGAAGACUCCGAUUGAACUGCCUUAAUACUGUCUAAAAAUGUACAGCUUUUUGUGCUUCCACCUUUCUCAAAUUGUUCCUCUGACUACAAAAGUGUACUUUUCUCAUAUACAUAGUAAUGUAACAUCAUAGCUAUCCCUUUCACAGGGUCAAAAUAUGCCCCUUCUCCCCAGUACUUAAGGUCCAAAAAUUCUCUAGUUGCUUUUAAUUAAAUUGGCUAGGUGAGAGUAUAUGUUUGAUGGCUUUUGCCAUUAUACACUGCAAAUAGACUUUACCCUUUAAGAAGAAGUGUUAAUAUAUCUCUGCAGACAUUGGGUUUUUUGCAGGACAAAUGGCCACCUUCAAUGCUACACCGUGCUAGUUUUAUUUUACUUUUACCGAAAGAAAUAGAUCAGGUAGAAGAGUGAUUGGUUUUCCUUACAACACAUAUUCACUUGUGUGCAUGUUUAUGUGUAUUUUAUUUACACGCACGCACGCACACACACACACACACACACACACACAUAUGGGUGUUAGUUCCGGGCGUGUUUAUACAUUGAGAGCCCAAACUGGAGUCAUGGAAUGAAAAUACUUUCUAUCAGGAACAUACCCUUAAGGGGACUGGAGUUGAAGAGAUAUUCCAGUUUCCCACGAACUGGUUCUGAUUAUACACAUUUACUGUGGUCGCUUGGGAUUACCCACGGCAGUUUUGUAUGCAAAUCUAGCCUUGUACAGUAACAGGGAGUGAGUCGUAUUGGGUGAGAGAAAGCAGCAAGCACAGGAAGCAUUAGCCAGCACAGGAAGCAACAAAUCUCUCUGCCCAGUAGUUGCUUAGAGGGUGAAUGGAAGCUUGUGUCUCCAUUUCCCCUUUGAAUGACUGUAGGGAGAAAUCAGACUCUGGUGCCAUUUGAGCCCAACUCCCAACUCCUGUAAUGAUCACACAGAGACAAAGGAUGGGCUUCCUUUUCCUCUGAAAUGACUGAGAGUGCAGGAGGGAUUUCUCUCACCUGACCCCCUCACAUGAGCUUCAUAAAGUCCCUGCUGUGUGUAGGGUGGGGUGUGUGUGUGUGAUUUAAAAGUUGCAUUCCAGUGGGUGGGAGAGGAUGCUCCUUUGCCCAUUAAUCUUUACGGCUCACUUCUAAAGACCCAAGGCAGUAGAAGGCAUUAAAGCUCCAUAACCCUUUUUCAUAAUCAUGUUAAUCAGCACUUAAAUGGGAGGUGGAAUGUGUGUGUGUGGGGGGGUUAUAUCCAGCCCCCCCUUUGCUUCUCCUCCCAAGCAACCAUUCUGUUGCAUGCACAGUCCCAGCAGCUGACCCGAGAGAAGGUGCACAAGUCUUCAUUCACAAGGUUCCCCAUCCAGCGCAGGAUAAGUGUACAGAAGGAUUGCCACCCAGUCCAAUCAGGGAAUUUAUAUAGACAAGGAACUUAUUCUUUAACUCGUUGGGCUUUUGUGUUCAUGUCUGUCCCAUGGAGGCAAGGGGUGUUCUUCCUCUUCUCUGCCAGAGAUUCUUGCUCUUUUUGUGCAUUUCUGUGUCCCCCCCCCCUGCCCUAAAGUAUUUCACCUCAAGAGCUGGUGUGUUUCUGAAAUCAUUUAUUGGUGGGAUGCCACAAACCAAAAGUAUAUUCAGAAAUAAUAUUGAAUAAAUAUUUUAAAUGCUUUGAAA